CGCGCGUUACACGUUCCUCCCCCGCGAAAACCUCCGCGAUGAAAAAACACUGAAAAGGAGAAAAACCAACACAAAAAAAUUCGACAAAAUCGGAAUGCCCGCGUGGUGGUGGUGAGGUUCAGUGCCGAAACGUUGUGACAAUUCAAUGGAUAACUCGUUGCAUCCAGAAGGUGACCCUGGCGGGCGAGAUUUCGUCGGGAGGCGGCUAUCACCGCCACCAGCGAGAUAGUCGCAGUGUCUGUUUAAUGAACGAUGAAGCUUAGCGUGUCGGCAUAUAGAGCCCACGCUUCCGCCCAUAAAAAGAUCCUAGACACCGCCUACCAGCUCAAUUAUGGGUCUACAUCGGCCUCGUCUCAUCAGCAUGGGACCCAGUUGGGGCUACCCACGUGUUCGGGUUUUCAGAUUGACCCGCCGGGCGGUGGACAAGUUCGUAAUGUCGGCAAUAACAGACUGAUGGCGGACGAUGGGAGCUCAGAUGACGCCAAUACACCUUUACAGUCGCCCCGUUCACAGAACACCAGUCGUGAAGAGGACGACAGUUCGAACGCCAACGAGUCUGACUGCAAGAGUCCAAGUCAAAGUUUCAGAUAUGACACGGGGACGAAAUCCAACCAACGAUGGAUGAAAUUGAGGACGACGGUGCAAAUUUCGUCUGCAAUGCAGAAGAAACCGCCUCUGAAGCGUGAAGACUCCUUCCUUAAGCGCUUCUCUUCGCGUCAGAUCCCCGAGACCCAGGAAACCGUCGAAGACACCGGCAGCGAAGGUCCCGGAGGCGACAACCAAUCGGCCCCUCGCCGCCGCCGCCGCCAGCGCAAGCAGCCCCGCACCGUGGUCAACCCCGACGAGAAUUUCUACUUCUACUGGCUGCUGGUGUUGACCGUUUGUGUGCUUUACAACAUGUGGACUCUGAUAGUUCGACAGAGUUUCCCCGAGCUCCAGAACAUGGUCUCGAACUUUUGGCUAAGCUGUGAUUCCCUGAGCGAUCUGGUGUUCCUUCUGGAUCUUGUGGUGCAACUGAGGACCGGCUAUUUGGAGCAGGGCCUCAUGGUGUACGACUCCAAGAAGUUGGCGUGCCAUUAUUUGCGCUCACGUGCCUUUCUUUUGGACCUGGCCGCUCUUUGUCCCCUCGAUUUAUUGCAGAUCAGAUUAGGACCUCAACCGUUGCUCAGGUGUCCUAGAUUCCUCAAGGUCUAUCGUGCGGUUAAUUAUUACUACAUGGUGGAGUCGAGGACGGUGUGGCCGAAUCUGUGGCGAGUCGUCAACUUGAUACAUAUACUACUCAUUUUAGCGCAUUGGUUUGGAUGCUUUUAUUUUCUACUCUCGGAGGCUGAAGGUUUUCAGGGUGACUGGGUGUAUCCGUACCGUCCCGGCGAUUACGCUACUCUAACACGAAAAUAUUUGGGCUCCCUCUAUUGGUCCACGCUGACCCUGACCACCAUCGGCGACCUGCCGACGCCCGAGACAAAUGCCGAGAAGACCAACUCGGUGGACGGCCCCCGGUCCCUGCCGCGCAGAGGUGUCAAGUCCCGCCUGUUGCAGUUCAACACAAACAAUGGAUACAUCUUCACGAUAGUGAGUUACUUGAUCGGAGUAUUCAUUUUCGCGACCAUCGUCGGGCAAGUCGGUAACGUGAUAACAAACCGAAACGCCAACCGUCUGGAAUUCGAGCGACUCCUCGACGGGGCGAAAACCUACAUGCGACAUCACAAGGUCCCAGGUGGGAUGAAACGGCGCGUAUUACGAUGGUACGAUUAUUCCUGGUCCAGAGGGAGGAUCCAGGGAGGCGGCGAUAUCAAUACCGCCCUAGGACUGCUUCCCGAUAAGCUGAAAACGGAGCUCGCCCUCCACGUCAAUUUGAGCGUGCUGAAAAAAGUCACGAUCUUCCAAGAGUGCCAACCGGAGUUCCUUCGAGACCUCGUGCUCAAAAUGAAAGCCUACAUCUUUACACCAGGUGAUUCGAUAUGUCGCAAGGGCGAAGUCGCCAGGGAGAUGUUCAUAAUCGCCGACGGAAUCCUCGAGGUGAUCAGCGAACACGGAAAAGUCCUUACCACGAUGAAAGCCGGCGACUUCUUCGGCGAAAUCGGCAUCCUCAACUUGGACGGCCUCAACAAGCGAACGGCGGAUGUUCGUUCCGUGGGUUAUUCUGAACUGUUUUCCUUGUCACGCGAGGAUGUUCUGGCAGCCAUGAAGGAUUAUCCCGAAGCUCAAGAGAUCCUGCAAGCUUUGGGACGAAAGCGGCUGAUGGAGGUUAAGGCAUCUGCCAGGAUUCCGCCACACCACAAAGAGCACCAUCACCACCACGGACUCCCGCAUGUGCCGGACCCGAAAGGUCUGGUCGACAAAAUCAAGAACGAAGCGAAAGGGUUAAGAAACGCCUUAAAAAAAUCACGAACGAACCGAAAAUCGGAUGAAUCGCUCGAGUUACAGCCUUUACAUACACCCACUAACAAUAAUAACAAAGGUACGUUGAAGAGAAUGUCCAGGGUGAAGUCGCAUGAUUUGAGUCAGGAAGAAAACGACAAGAAAGAAGUGGUUUCAGAGCCCGUAACUUCGCCACUAGGUGCUGGUUUACCAUUACUACACAGGCUCAGGUUGUUGAAAGAGAAGCAAGAAAAUGAAGAACGUGCCAAAAGCGCAACACCCCCCAUACUGUCCCCUUCGUCUUCCAGUGUCAAAAGUCCCCCUCCGAUUCCCGAGGAUCCCGUUUCUGAGCCGAUAGGAGCCGGUCUCCCGUUGCUGCAGCGAAUCCUCAUGCUCAAAGGAAAAGAAGGAACAAUUAAAGAGGAGAAACCGAAGUUAUCGAGGACCAGCUCCGUUGCCAGCAACCCUACGAGUCCCACUCCGCAGACAUCCACGACGAUAGCACCCAGAGGAUCCAUCUCUUCCAGGAUUACAAACAACAAAUUAUCUUUUCGGGAAAGACUCAAAUUCCACUCGAGCGCUCCGAAAGACGCGUCAGAAGUCAAAGAACCGUCCAUUAGUGUGAGUGAUAGUGUUAGUGAAACGGACAAGAUCGAACCGCCUUGGAGCAAGCUGAAAAAAGCAGCGAUAUCCCGCGAAUCCUCCGAUCCAUCCACGAGUACUCCUCCAUCCAAGGACAGUGUAACGACUGUUAGUGCUAGCGAACAAAUGCACCAAAAACCUAAACCUAAAUUAGUACUAACUGCGAGAACGAAACACUACAGAUCGAUCGACGACCUAUCACCGGAAUAUGGCGGCCUGCCUUUCGUCAAGAAGCUCAAGAUUUUGAACGAGAGGCAGAAGCUCGAAGAGCUGGAAACUGUGAUGAAAACGCGUAGUUUUAGUUUAGAUAUACCCGAUUCUAGCCAAAGCACCGUCGAAAUGGACACGCUGACGCGAUCGCACUCCGAGGGCUCGAAGAUGCACCACGACAAAAACCUCCUCACCACGCCUUUAACCCCCAGCGAACUGCAUUCGAGCAAUGAAUCGAACGAAACUCCCGAGCGAAGAAACCUUAGAUCGAUCCUGAAAAAGCUCUCCGAAGAGACGCAGCUGGAGCCUCAACACACAGCCAUGCCGAAGAAGAUCGACUCGACCGAGUUUAGAAAAUUGAUGAGGGCGCCGACGAUCGAAGGGUACGCGGCUAGGCAUAGUAAAUUAGCGAAAAGUGUCACUUUUAACAGGGACACGCUGCAAAGUCCGCCCAAUAGUGCGGUGGUAGUGGGAGCACCUAGCCUCUUCACCUACGUCCAUUCGCCGGAGAAGAAUGACGGUGUCGUGGACCAAGGGAACGGAAUUCAGAUCGCCAAUAACAAAACCAACAAUCAGGUGAAACUCAUCAAGAACACUCUAGACGACGAACAGCAGUACUUUGCCGAUCUCCUUCUGGCGAUCAAGCAGGUGAUGAGCGCCCACCUUCAAGAUCUCCAACAGAAAUUCUACCAACGGUUCGAAAAACUGGAAGAAGAAGUGAGAAGUAGGGACGAGAUAAUCAAUCAGUUGAAGGCGCACAUAUGUGAACUGGAGAACAAGAGCACUGAGGAAUCGAUAGCUGAUUCAUUGGAAACCGUCAUCAGUCGGGAGCACCAAUCAUGGGAGGAACCCUCCAACGAAGAAGUAGAAGAACUGGAAGAACUACCCCAACACCCUCUAACUCCACUCCACACGUGGUGCUCUUCUCCCCAACAGAACGUAGUCUUGGACAUCGACUCCACCACCGACACAGAUGGAGAAUCUUCCGAACAAUCCGGCGAAUUCGAGAGCACGGGAAAUAACUGGGAAAUCGAAAUGUUAGCGGCCCAGAUGCGCGACAAACGCUCAGCGAGUCUCGAUUACAACACUGCGAAACCUCUACGAAAAAGAUUCACCAGAGGAGGAAGUGCGGAAGCUAGAAAUGACUGAUACAUACGGAUUUAUCGCAUCGCCAUUGAUGCUUAUUAGAACACAUCAAUACCCUCGUCCGAGCAGUUUUUUAUUAACAUUUUACAAGUAUCUCCGGAGUAAUAAGAAACAAAUAAUAUUGAAAUUACAUAUCUUGCAAAAAUGACAGUAGAGUUGUGCGAGGUUAUUGAUGGGUUCGUGGACGGUACAGUGCGGACUCCAUUUUGUGUCACCGAAAGACGAAUUUAAGAAAUUGACGUUGUCGUGCCAAGUAAAUGCUCAAAAAUUGAUCUAAGGUGUAUCGAAAAGUAUUAUACGUGCCAAUGAAUAAAAAGGCGAUAUUUUUGACAAUUAACAACAUUAUACAAAUUUUAAUAUUGUACACUCGACUGCGUCGUAUCUCUGUAUUGCGGUGUAAUGUGGAGAGACGACGCGAUAUUGUUAGCAAAUGCAAUACUACUUACACUUCACUGAAUAAGUAACAAAUUAAAAAAAUAGAGAUUUGACCAUUUUUAGAUCUGUAAAGUACUAAAAGAAAUAAUAUGUAGAUACGAAUGAGAAUGGAGAGUAAUAUGAAUAAUUGAGAUAGUAAUAAUGAAAUUGUAAAUUAAUAUAAUAUAAAUUAAUAAAUCAA